ACCUUCAGUUAAUUCUGAAGAGUGCUGGUCGUAGUUAUCAAAACGUUUCAGGCUUUGGAGGCGAAAUGAAGUCAGCCUUAUUUUCUGUUGCUUUGGUGUUACUGUUGCACGCAGGUUACGGCCAAACGGAAGAUUGCCUCCUUCCUGAGGAACCAGGUCUCUGCAAAGGGUAUUUCCCGCGAUAUAACUUUGAUAGGGCCAGAGGUCAGUGCAAGAGGUUCAUCUACGGUGGUUGCGGAGGAAACGGAAAUAACUUUCCCACACUGCAGGCAUGUGAGGAACGAUGUACAUGCUUUUUUCCAAAGGAAACUGGCCCGUGUAAGGCCAGGAUCGGUAGAUAUUACUUCAACCACCGCACUGGAAAAUGCGAAAAGUUCUAUUACGGAGGUUGCCUGGGGAACGUGAACAGAUUUAGAAGCAUUCGUAAUUGUAACAAAACCUGCGCUUCUGUUAAACCAAAGCCAAUUUGCUACCAACCGAAGAAAGUAGGACCAUGUAGGGCCCGGAGGCCUCGGUAUUUCUACAACAAGCUCACUAAGAAAUGUGAGAAAUUUUAUUAUGGUGGAUGUCGUGGUAACCAGAAUAAUUUCAAGAAACUUCAAGACUGCAGGAGAGUUUGUGUCUAGUAUCUGGAUGGGUUUAUGCACCACAAUUGCUCGGUUUAAAAGAUGUUACAGCCUUAUUUACAGCUUUUUAACGUUAGAAUGAACUUUUUAUGAAAGUGUGAUAUUCUUCGUCCUUGACUUUUAUUUGUUCAUCUGAAUGGUCUAUUUUUUUAGCUUUGUAUUCAAUGAUAGCUAAAGUAUAGUAAUAUUCAGCAGUUACCGAGUUAACAAUGAAAUAAAAAAGAACAUAUAGA